AAUUAUUGUUUAGGAUAAAUUAUUGUUUAGAAAUUACUUACUAGUCAUUACCUUGAAUCAACAGUUUCUCUUAAUUAUCUAACAUCACAAUUAACAUACUGCAAUACUGCAUAUCCUAUAAAUGCCAUGUUAUAUUCCAAGCGAAAAUAUAACCAUGGAUCCUUCUUCACUCUUUGUAGGAACAACCAAAGUAAAAAAUCUCGAUAGUAACAUUGCUUCUGUAGGAGUGAAGCUCACAAAAGAAGAUUUGAAGGAGAUUUCUGAUGCGUUGCCCUUAGAAGAUGUUGCAGGGCCUAGAAUAUCAGAGAGGUUUUAUCAAGUGACAUGGAAGUUUGCUAACACCCCACCAAAGGAUCCAAAGAUUUCAACCUAAGGCCAUUACGAAUGCAAGUAUGUAUGCUGCAUGCAAAGCUUUCUAUUAUUGGGACUAAUGCAUGAAGCAACAAUAAAGUUUUAGAAGCUUAUAUGCAAAUGAACAAUCCUUAAACUUAAUGUUUUUUGCUAUGUUUCUAGAAACGUUGUAUCACUUAUUGAUGUUAUAAAGUCUAUUGUUGGAUGUUGUCUUUUGAGUUACAUUAUGUUGGAAAGGAUGCAAAUCAGAAUUUCCCUGAUUUAUAUAAUGUAAAAGCAAAUAAACAUUUGUACUGCAA